AUGAAAAAGUGGAUUCAGAACACGCUCGCUGCUCACUGCAAUGAACUUGUUUCUCUUCUCUCCAGGUUUGUUGACCGAGGAAAGGGGAUACUACAAUCUUAUCAAAUCAUAGACGAGCUGGAAAAAGUGAUUCAAGAGGAUGAAGGAUUGCAGAAGCUCAAGGACAGCCCCUUCAGCAAAGUCUUACAGUCUGCCCAGUUAUGUUCUUGUGCUUGA